AUGGUCACCGAAGCAGUACUCAUCUUAGGCUUGCUCCACUCAAGUGGCCUUAAAAAAAGCACCUUUGCAAAAUUCAAUGCUCAUACAUUGAGAAAGCUACAAGCUGCCGUCAGUCAAGAUCCAGAGAUUGAUUUGACCACACAAAUGCCUAUCGAUUACACCGGCCGCCUGAUCAGAAUGCAAACUAGCAAAGAGGUCCUUGAGAUAUCCAGCAAUGGAUCUCAAAGGUCUACGAAGCUCAAGGAAGAAGAAAUACGAGAAUCCCUCAACCCGUCAGAUACUGUGCAUAUAUUAUUUCCUCUGUCUCGAGAGGUGCUGAGACUUGUGGAAGACAUCUCCAAGACUGCAGAACCUUUACCAAAUUGCCUUUCUCAACGUUUGUUUGAAGUCAUGCAGGCGAGCGAGGUUCUAUGGAAGGCCCCAUUUCCACUUCACAAGAUGGUUUUCAAGUGUGCUGCGGACAUUGUUGUUAAAGCGGUGCGGGAUAUAGAUGAUUACACUGAGUACACGACUUUGCAAUAUCUCGAGCAACAUAUACCAGAUUGUCCGGCUCCGAGGCCUCUAGGAUGCGUGCAAAUGAGUGGAAUAUCACUUGUCUUUCUGACUCACAAGCCAUCGACGUCCCUUGGAGAGGUAUGGCAGGUCCUGGACAGUGACCAGAAAGCUUCGGUCAGGGAUCAGUUGGAGACUAUUUUGACAAAAUUAAGAUCGUUGCCCUAUGUAGAUGGGCGUCCUCUUGGAGGAGUGGCCGGUGAAGGCUGCAAAGAUGCCAGAAGGCACCUUCGGCGGAGUGACAAACCAAUCAAAACACUUGGUGAAUUCGAGGAUUUCAUGUUCUCGAGUUCUCGCCCUGGCGGUUUGGUAUUCGUAGAGUUGCUUCGCCAGCUUUCCCCAUGCUUAUCCUCUCCUCCAAAUAUUGUUUUUACGCACGGUGAUCUUCGGCCGGAUAAUAUUACGGUAGAGAUCGUCGACCGUAAUCGAUGUGUCGUUACCGGCAUUCUUGAUUGGGAGUACAGUGGCUUUUACCCAGACUAUUAUGAAGCUGUUAGGUGCACCAAUUGCUUGUCGUCGUGCGAGGACAACGACUGGUUUUUGUUUCUUCCUGAUUGUAAUUCGUCGAAACGCUAUACUCAUUGGUGGCUCUUAGAUCAGGUGCGAGAGACUAGGAGUAUGUGA